UUCUGGAAAGGAAGUAAUGACCUAUAUUGACCCGGAAGUGGACGCCAAAUCUGAACGAUUCCAUCAGAGGAGUAAAGAUGGCGGACAACGGCGGCGCAGAUCCUGUUAAUAACAACAAUAAUACAACUGUUGCUUUGGAGGGAACUAUUAUCAAGGUCACAGUCAAAACCCCAAAAGAUAAGGAGGAAAUCGCCAUCUCGGAAGAUGCCUCUGUCACUCAGUUUAAAGAGGAAAUCUCACGGAGGUUCAAAGCCAAGCAGGAUCAGUUGGUUCUGAUCUUUGCAGGGAAGAUACUGAAGGACGGGGACUCUCUCAACCAGCACGGAAUAAAGGACGGCCUGACAGUCCAUCUGGUCAUAAAGACAGCACACAAGGCAGGAGAUGGCGCUAGUUCCUCCACCUCUUCCUCCGGCACCACCCAGGAGGGCAGCAGUAGUGGCAGCUCCUCUGGCCCCAGUUCUGCAGCCCACCCCUCCACCGUAGGGUCCACUGGAGGCCCUGCCUCGGCACCCCCACAGACCCCCAACAUACUGACCGGGUUCGGUGGCCUGUCCAGCCUGAGCAGCAUGGGCAUGGGCUCAGCUAACUUCAUGGAGCUGCAGCAGCAGAUGCAGAGCCAGCUGAUGUCCAACCCGGAGAUGCUGUCCCAGAUCAUGGAAAACCCCCUGGUGCAGAACAUGAUGUCCAACCCAGACCUGAUGAGGCAGAUGAUCGUGGCCAACCCCCAGAUGCAGCAGCUGAUGGAGCGCAACCCAGAGAUCUCCCACAUGCUCAACAACCCCGAGCUUAUGAGACAGACCAUGGAGCUGGCCAGGAACCCUGCCAUGAUGCAGGAAAUGAUGCGUAACCAGGACCGGGCGCUUAGCAACCUGGAGAGCAUCCCCGGAGGCUACAAUGCCCUGCGCAGGAUGUACACAGACAUCCAGGAACCCAUGUUCAGUGCCGCACGAGACCAGUUUGGAAACAACCCUUUCUCAGCCCUGGGGGGCAACUCUGACGGGGGGGUGCAGCCCUCGAGGACAGAGAACCGGGAGCCCCUGCCCAACCCCUGGGGCUCCACCAACCCCUCUGAGGGUGGAGGGGGCACGGGCACCACAGGCACCUCUACCACCGGCAGCACCACCCCCAGUGUGUCCAACCCUCUUGGUGUCAACUCUGCCAGUCUGGGCAACGGCAUGUUCAGCAGUCCAGGCAUGCAGAGUCUGAUGCAGCAGAUCUCGGAGAACCCCCAGCUGAUGCAGAACAUGCUGUCUGCUCCCUACAUGCGCAGUAUCAUGCAGUCUCUGGCCCAGAACCCAGACAUGGCCUCCCAGGUGUUGAUGAAUAACCCCCUGUUUGCUGGAAACCCCCAGCUACAGGAACAGUUCAGGAGCCAGCUGCCCGUCUUCCUGCAGCAGAUGCAGAACCCAGAGGCUCUUUCUGUGAUGACCAACCCCCGGGCCAUGCAGGCUCUCCUCCAGAUACAACAGGGCCUACAGACACUGCAGACAGAGGCACCGGGACUGAUGCCCAGUUUGGCACCAGGUGGGCUGCCAGGUGGUCUCCCUGGAGGUCUACCAGGGGGACUAGUAGGCGGAUUACCAGGUGGAAUACCCACAACUCCCCUGUCCACGGGAGGGGGUGUGCCUCCAGAGAACCCCGCCUCUUCGCCGAGUGCCGGGGAAAACCCCGCCCAGCAACUGAUGAUGCAGCAGAUGCUCCAAAUGUUUGCAGGAGGGAAUUCCUCGAGCCAGAGCCCGGAGGUGCAGUUCCAGCAGCAGCUGGAGCAGCUGAGCGCUAUGGGCUUCAUCAACCGAGAGGCCAACCUGCAGGCUCUCAUCGCUACCGGAGGAGAUGUCAACGCUGCCAUCGAGAGACUGCUGGGCUCACAGCCCUCAUAAAGACACACUCACUCACGAUGCAUACAUCGAUACAGACACAUGCAUACAUACCCACUAUCCACCUCCGCAGCAAGGGGAAAACGCACAUGCAAAUACAUUGUCUGCAGAGAACCAAGAGAAAUGAAAUAAACCAUCCCAAACCAACACAGACGAGACCCGGUCAGGAUAUGUACCAUUCUAAACGUCCACUGCAGCCUCCUGUCAGAUCAUUCCCUAACCAUGGCUCCCCUAUCCCCCGGUUUUAGCCACAUCCAUAGAGCUUUGCUCAGCAAGACCAGACUGACCAGACCAGACCAUUUCCUCAACAGAGGGGUGCCCGGUGAAGGGAGGAGGGUGAGCGAGAAGGCACAGAUGUGCCUCCCUCUAAACCCUCUCCUAAACAGAAAUGCUUUACCCUACCAGAUUCACUAAUCCCUCUUCCGCUUUAAUAAAGCUGAAGGGUUUAUUCAAUGGGGUGGAGUGUUUGUAGUGCGGCAGAUAGAAAUGCCUUGCAUAGAGCUUUUUAUGACGCUUCUUAGCACAUUCCAGGGAUUUGGUUCCUGUCUAUAUGUUGCAUUUCUAGCUGCAAUGUGUUUGUAACCUUCCACCCUUUUGACUGAGCAUCUGAUCUGCAGGGUAAGGUAUAUGAAGAGCAGAGAAGGAGAAAACCACAAAACAGAGCUUUGUCAAUCUCACGGAUAUCAGUCGAGCCUGCCCGAAACCCUUUCUAUUUAUUGCUAAAAGAAAAGAUCCCCCACACUUCCCUAAAAUAAAAAAUCAUUCCAGAUAGGAUAUCUCUAUCUCCACUCAGCCGUGAGUUGUUCCCUGAAGGCAGGAUUGCUGUGCCUUUUUGUCUUCAACAAACCAUUUAACACCAACCACUCUUAUCAAAUGGAUCGAUUUGAUCAAACCCAGGCUAGUCAAAUCAAAUGAGUCUGCCGUUGAUGGUCUAGAUUGACUUCACACACAGGCGUGUCACAAGAUUGAGACCUUUGGUAAGAUUGAGAAAUGUCAUGAUAAUCGUUAAUAAAAAAGACAGAAAGGUGUUGUUCUGUGGAAGAAGACACAAAGACAAGACGGACAGAUUUCCUUUUCAUUUUAAUCUGAUUCAUUAUGUAUUUUAAUUUGACGUGUAAGUAGUACCUAGAGAUAAUCUGUUUUGUCUCAUCAUUGAAAAAAGAAAAUAAAUCUUCCUGGAAAAUGUAUGAAUAAAAUAUAAUGAAAAGAAA